AGCAAGCAACAAAUGCAAAGACCAACACCAAACCAAAGCAGAAGAAGAAGAGAUAGAGAAGAGGAAGCAGCCAGAUUACGUGUCUCCCCCUCGGGAAAGCCGCUAAUUACUUUCUAGUCCUUCUCCUCCUCCCCAUGUGAGUCGUCGUCUCCUCUUCUCUUCUCCUCUUCUUCUCCUCCACCUCGUCGUCGUCGCCUCUCCACCUACCGGAAGCCGCGCCGCCUCCGCCGCGUCGUUCUUCGCCAGGGCCAGGUCGUCUCCGUCGUCGGCGCACUCGGCUGGCCGGAGAUGGUGGCGGCUCGCCGGAGCGCGGCCUCCUCCUCCUUCUUCCUCCUCCUGCUGGUGCUCGCCGUCCGCGUCCGCGCCUCUUCCGACCGUGUCCAAGAACGGGACAGAUCGGCGCUCCUCGAGCUCCGGGGCGCCGCCGGGCUGCUGGGGCGGUGGCCGACGGGCUCCGCCGUCGCUGACCACUGCUCCUGGCCCGGGGUGACCUGCGAUGCGAGUCGCCGGGUCGUCGCCGUCGCCGUCGCCGCGCCCCCUGCCUCGGGGAGCUCGGAGCUCGCCGGCGAGCUUUCCCCGGCGGUGGGGCUCCUCACCGAGCUGAGGGAGCUCUCCUUACCCUCGCGCGGCCUUCGCGGCGAGAUCCCCGCGGAGAUCUGGAGGCUGGAGAAGCUCGAGGUGGUCAACCUCGCGGGGAACUCCCUCCAUGGCGCGCUUCCUCUCGCCUUCCCGCCGCGGAUGAGGGUGCUUGACCUCGCCUCCAACCGUCUGCAUGGUGAGAUUCAGGGCACUCUCUCGGACUGCAAGAGCUUGAUGAGGUUGAACCUUUCCGGCAACCGCCUCACCGGCUCGGUGCCGGGUGUUCUUGGCAGCUUGCCCAAGUUGAAGCUGCUUGACUUGUCCCGGAACCUUCUUACCGGAAGAAUUCCCUCAGAAUUGGGGGAUUGUCGGGAGCUCCGCUCCCUGCAGCUGUUCUCCAAUUUGCUGGAAGGUUCAAUUCCACCAGAGAUUGGAAGGUUGAGGAGGUUGCAGGUUUUGGACAUAUCGAGUAACCGAUUGAACGGUCCGGUUCCAAUGGAACUAGGGAAUUGCAUGGAUUUGUCGGUACUCGUAUUGACGAGCCAGUUUGAUGCUGUGAAUUUAUCUGAGUUCAAUAUGUUUAUAGGAGGAAUUCCGGAAAGUGUGACAGCUUUGCCAAAGCUUCGGAUGCUAUGGGCGCCAAGGGCAGGUUUUGAAGGGAACAUUCCGAGCAAUUGGGGAAGGUGUCAUAGUUUGGAAAUGGUUAACCUUGCGGAGAACUUACUCUCUGGAGUGAUUCCAAGGGAGCUAGGGCAGUGCAGUAACCUCAAGUUUCUCAACCUCAGCUCGAAUAAAUUGUCCGGUUCUAUUGAUAACGGUCUUUGUCCGCAUUGUAUUGCUGUUUUUGAUGUCAGCAGAAAUGAACUAUCCGGCACAAUUCCAGCAUGUGCUAACAAAGGUUGCACACCCCAGCUUUUGGAUGACAUGCCAUCUCGUUAUCCGUCAUUCUUCAUGUCCAAAGCUCUAGCACAGCCAUCAUCGGGGUAUUGCAAAUCAGGAAAUUGUUCUGUUGUAUACCAUAAUUUUGCAAAUAACAAUCUUGGAGGCCACCUUACAUCAUUGCCAUUUAGUGCAGACCGAUUUGGGAACAAGAUAUUGUAUGCUUUUCAUGUUGAUUACAAUAACUUCACAGGAUCUUUGCAUGAAAUUUUGCUGGCACAGUGUAAUAAUGUGGAGGGGUUGAUUGUCAGUUUCCGGGACAACAAGAUAUCUGGUGGGCUCACAGAAGAAAUGAGUACAAAAUGCAGUGCUAUCAGAGCAUUGGAUCUUGCUGGCAAUCGAAUAACAGGAGUGAUGCCUGGUAACAUUGGUUUGUUGAGUGCUCUUGUCAAGAUGGACAUCAGUAGGAAUUUGCUUGAGGGUCAAAUUCCUUCCAGUUUCAAAGAGCUUAAGAGCUUGAAAUUUCUGUCAUUAGCUGAGAAUAAUCUCAGUGGCACCAUACCAUCCUGUUUGGGUAAGUUGAGAUCACUGGAGGUUUUGGAUCUCUCGUCUAACUCCCUAUCUGGAAAGAUCCCUAGGAAUCUUGUGACACUGACAUAUCUUACUUCACUUUUGCUGAACAAUAAUAAGCUUUCCGGAAACAUUCCUGAUAUUGCCCCAUCAGCAUCACUAUCCAUUUUUAACAUUUCAUUCAAUAACUUGUCUGGCCCAUUGCCUUUGAAUAUGCACUCAUUGGCAUGCAACAGUAUUCAGGGAAAUCCAUCCCUCCAGCCUUGUGGGUUGUCUACACUUGCAAAUACAGUAAUGAAGGCCCGAUCACUCGCAGAAGGAGAUGUUCCACCAUCAGAUAGUGCAACUGUUGAUAGUGGUGGCGGCUUCAGCAAAAUAGAGAUUGCCUCAAUUACAUCAGCAUCAGCUAUUGUUGCAGUUCUCUUGGCUCUGAUUAUCCUAUAUAUUUACACACGGAAAUGUGCAUCAAGACAGUCAAGACGUUCAAUCAGGAGAAGGGAAGUGACUGUUUUUGUGGAUAUUGGUGCUCCAUUGACGUAUGAGACUGUUGUACGUGCUACGGGGAGUUUUAAUGCAAGCAAUUGUAUUGGAAGUGGUGGCUUUGGAGCAACAUACAAAGCUGAGAUUGCACCUGGAGUUCUGGUGGCGAUAAAGAGGCUUGCGAUUGGAAGGUUCCAAGGUAUUCAGCAAUUCCAAGCAGAGGUAAAAACUCUUGGGAGGUGCCGCCAUCCCAAUCUUGUGACACUCAUAGGAUACCAUCUCAGUGAUUCAGAGAUGUUUCUUAUAUAUAAUUUUCUUCCUGGUGGUAAUUUGGAAAGAUUUAUACAAGAAAGGGCUAAGAGACCUAUUGACUGGAGAAUGCUUCACAAAAUUGCUCUAGAUAUUGCACGUGCACUUGGAUUCCUUCAUGAUAGCUGUGUCCCACGCAUUCUGCACCGAGACGUGAAACCAAGCAACAUUUUACUUGAUAAUGAAUACAAUGCAUACCUUUCUGAUUUUGGAUUAGCAAGACUACUCGGGAAUUCAGAAACACACGCAACAACUGGUGUAGCAGGUACUUUUGGAUAUGUUGCUCCAGAGUAUGCCAUGACAUGUCGUGUUUCUGAUAAGGCAGAUGUGUACAGCUAUGGAGUUGUACUUCUUGAGCUUAUUUCAGACAAGAAAGCACUGGACCCUUCUUUUUCUCCAUAUGGAAAUGGCUUCAACAUUGUUGCCUGGGCUUGCAUGCUUCUGCAGAAGGGUCGAGCCCGUGAGUUCUUCAUAGAAGGUCUGUGGGAUGUGGCCCCACAUGAUGACUUAGUUGAGAUUCUUCACCUCGGUAUCAAGUGUACCGUCGACUCUCUUUCAUCCAGGCCCACAAUGAAGCAAGUUGUUCGACGACUAAAGGAACUCAGACCGCCUUCUUACUAGGAAUAGCAAUUCAAGGUUGAUCCGAUGUUUACAAACUGAUAUAGGAAGCAAUGGAACAUCAGAGGGAUGAAGUUGGUGAUCUUGAUCAGAUGAUUUGCUACCAGAGCUGUGGAGGAUUCUGUUGGUCACAACUGCCAAUGAUGUUUCAAGCAAAUUAAUGGACAAACUGGCCACGAGCCAGUAAAUCGAUACCUUGUUGCUGAGCAAGUAGGAUGCUUGGCAGUUGAACCCUUGUUACCAUGUGACUAUGAUAGAUCGGAACUAAGUAAUGCUACUCGGCGGAACGAGAAGUCUGAGGGAGUCUGGCUGUGCCUAGCAUGUCCUACAAGCGUAGUACCUUGUUUUCUGAGAGGUACAAGGCAUGCGGGCAUAACGUAGUCAAGCUUACAGAUGAUAGGUUUGUACGCCUCGUGGACUGCUAAGCUUGGUUCUCUUCGUUGGAAAUCGAAUGUCAUGAUGCGGUGGGACGAUGAAAUUUCUUGUUGGAAAUUUACAAGAAAUUUCUGCAGGCCAAUCCAUCUCCAGAAUUCCUUGCUGCAAUCCUUGAAUUCUGGCAUGCUGGCAAUCCAUGGAAGAUUUGGCCGCUGACCUGAAUGGAGGAUCUUUAUGUUAGCCCACUGUACUCGAGCAGUACUACAGGCUAAGCACGCCCCCACAGCAGUAGCAACCUUUGAUGGUGUUAUGGGAUGGCCAAUCUUUGUGUUAUGUUAUGGGACGCCUUAAUAUCGCAAGUCGGCGACUCAUGGAUAACUGGACGAUUGUUGAUGAGAAGCCUUCGCUUUUGGUAGAUCAUGAUUUAGCAAGCUUGGAGUGUUCACUUGUUGAAACUUGAAAGAUGUUCAUAACAGCGUCCAGUGGGUGCUCGUCCUUUCUUGCCCAUUUCUGUACUACCAUAUACGGAGUACUCCUUCGAUCCAAUAAUAUAUAAGGGAUUUUGAGUUUUUUUUUCA